AUGGCCGGGUUGGAGCGUUCUAAUUUGGGUUGCAAAAGCGAACCGUUCUCAAAAAGAGUGGGGCCGAACUAUUACCGUGCUCGUGAUGAACCGUAUUACUACCACUGCGCUACCAACCUCGUGAUAGACGAUUAUACGAAUAUUUAUCGGCAAAAUUAUCCGUACUAUUCUCCACGUGUUGAUCUUCUCUAUGGUUACAGAACUGUCACUGAACCGAUGUACACAUUUAGGCCUUUCAAAGAAUUCGAUCUUGAAGAUUUUGGUAAUGCAGAAAGGAUAGAAGGAAUUGAUUUCUCACUAUGGGACAGCCGGAUCUUACUGCUUACAUCGAAUCCGUACUGCCAUGCUACUGUUCAACGACCAUUCUACGGUAUUGCUGACGGCUAUUCUCUAACUUUCAUGCCAACGGACUUUAACGAAUAUUUGAAACAAAGUGCUGAAGCGAAUGUGACAGAAGGACCAUACUUCUUCAGCGGUACGAAGGAAGGCUCGUCUCUUCGAGUUAAAACAUGGGCGGAAAAUCCAUCACUCGCUUUUGAUCCGCCACAUAAGAGGACAGAAUUGCAACAAGCGUCCUUCGAUUGUUGUCCGCCCACAUGGGAGUUCGAAGAUUUUGUAUUGUCCAGCGAUUGGAAUACUAAUCCGUUUAUCACCUAUCAGAAAUACACUCUUCACAAAACCUGGAAAGGUGUAUGUGGUGCAGAACUGAAAAGUGGUGGCAUGAUUCCGUUCCAGUCGUUUUUGAUUGAAGUCGGCAAGCGAUGUGAAUGGAUGAGGUUAUGUUUUGACGAUGAGGGGAAAUUCUGUGAAAGCGAUGCUAACACAUUGGCGCUAAUUUUUGUCCAUGACGUCUACAUUCCUACUGAUUCAGAUAACGCUCGACCUAUCGGAGUUGAGUUCAAAGAGUUGGACCCUAUUCGCAUUAACUUUUUGAUUGGACAUAAAGCAAUCGAAAUGGCCUACGCGUUUUCGUCGGUAACGGCUGCUGGUAUAACAGAUUUGAUGCAGCUCGACAAAUAUGACGGAAAGGAUCCAAGCAAACUAGAAAUUAACGUAGUCAAAGCGCCAUACUGUGAAGCUCGUCUACUUAACGAUAUGGGUGCUGUGAAUAUCCAGAAAGGACUCGAAGCUGGAUCGCAGUGUCUUUCGAUCUCUUCAUGCACAUGUCUGGAAUAG